GGCGAGGAUCAGAUACCUUCUUCAAGAACCUUCUUAAUCUGCGAGAAUGCAGACUACAGUACAUACAAGGUCGUCUCAAAUUAACAAUCUUCAAGGCUCCAAUUCCCCCUACAAAUACGGGAGCCUGCCCGCCUUCUUUCUUCACCAGCUACCUACACUGCAAGAGGAAGCAAAGCAAUUUCCAAACCAAAUCAGUUUUUCACAGCAGAGUUCUGCAGCUAGCCGAUCGGCAAUGGCGACCAAGAUCUACAUCGUGUACUACUCGACAUGGGGACACGUCGCCACGCUCGCGGAGGAGAUCAAGAAAGGCGCCGACACCGUCCCCGGUGUCGAGGUCACCGUCUGGCGGGUGCCGGAGACGCUGCCGGAGGAGGUGCUGGGGAAGAUGCACGCGGCGCCGGGGCGCGAGGACCACCCAGUCAUAACGGCGUCCCAGCUGGCCGAGGCCGACGGCAUCCUGUUCGGCUUCCCGACGCGGUUCGGCAUGAUGGCGGCGCAGAUGAAAGCCUUCUUUGACUCCACCGGCCGCCUCUGGCAGGAGGGCUCCCUCGCCGGCAAGCCCGCGGGCAUCUUCCUCGCCACAGGUACGCAGGGUGGCGGCCAGGAGACCACGGCCCUCACGGCCAUCACGCAGCUGACGCACCACGGCAUGCUCUUCGUGCCCGUCGGCUACACGCACGGCGCCGGCAUGUUCGCCAUGGACGAGGUCAAGGGCGGCAGCCCGUACGGAUCCGGCACCUUCGCCGGCAAAGAUGGCGGCAGGACGCCCAGCGACGCCGAGCUCGCUUUGGCGGCGCACCAGGGGAAGUACUUCGCCGGCAUCGCCAAGAAGCUCAACGCCGUCUGAACUUGAACUGCUCGGGAUUGCACAACGUGUGUGGAUGAUUUCCAGUUGCACAAUUUGUUUAUUUAGCAAUUACUACACUCUUACUGGCUUUUAUAUCUUGUUUCGAAAGAAUAAUAAUGCACAUGGGUGAGUUCGGGUUCCUGC